UCAGUCGUCUCCAAGAGUUCGUCAGAGCUCCGCGACAAACAAAAAAUGUCCCAAUCUUUAUUACUAAUAUUUGUAUAAAAUAAUUAAAAUUAAAUAUUUCAUAAAACUUAUUUUAAAAAGUAAUAAAAACUUUUCCAUAAGUUCUUUUGAGUUUAAAAAAACUAUUAAGUUAUUUUUUGUAGCUGACCAGUUUCUCUGUGAUAAGUUUGAUCUCUUUUGUAAAUUAUUUUAAAAAUGGCAUUUCUGUCACGCAAAGUAAAAUCUAACGGACAAUUUGAUGAAUGUCAUAUGAAUGGCGCGGGCAAAGGCAUCAGAAGGAGCGACGCGGCGAUGGGACCCGCGCCCCCCGCCCCACACAAAACCCACGGCCCGCACGCUGACAAGAAGCAGUCGCACGUUGGCGGCGGCACGGGCUGUACGCACGACUUCAUGGAGCGCGACCGCAUCGGAUUUUGGGGCUCCGGCGACGGCGUCGUCGCCAGCCGGGUCUCGGGCCUCGACCGCCUCAAGCACCCUGGACUCAACAAGGGUAUGGCGUUCACGAUCGAAGAGCGCCAGGUGCUGGGCAUCCACGGCCUGCUUCCAGCCAGGGUGAAGAGCCAGGAAGAACAAGUGCAGCUGUGCAAACUCUCCUUCGACCGCUACGAGAACCCCCUCAACCAGUACAUCUACCUUAUGGGGUUGCUGGAUCGUAACGAGCACCUGUUCUACCGCUUCGUGGGCGAGAAUGUGGCUGAGAUGAUGCCCAUCGUGUACACGCCCACUGUUGGGCUGGCGUGCCAGAAGUACGGGCUGGUGUACCGCCGGCCCCGCGGGCUCUUCAUCACCAUACAUGAUAAGGGACACGUCUACGAUGUACUUAAGAACUGGCCGGAGACUGACGUGCGAGCGAUCGUGGUGACAGACGGCGAGCGCAUCCUGGGCCUAGGCGACCUGGGCGCGUGCGGCAUGGGCAUCCCCGUGGGCAAGCUGGCCCUCUACACCGCCCUCGCCGGCAUCAAGCCGCACCAAUGCCUGCCCAUCACGCUCGACGUGGGCACAAACAACCACACGAUGCUGGACGACCCCCUCUACAUCGGGCUACGUCAGCAGCGCGUCCGCGGCGCCGCGUACGACGAGUUCAUCGAUGAGUUCAUGCAGGCCGUGGUGCGCCGCUUCGGACAGAACUGUCUCAUACAGUUUGAAGACUUCGCUAAUGCCAACGCUUUCAGAUUGCUCGCCAAGUACCGUGGCAGGUACUGCACAUUCAACGACGAUAUUCAGGGUACGGCGUCAGUGGCGGUAGCGGGGCUCAUCGCCAGCCUGCGAGUCACCGGCAAGAAGCUCUCCGAAAAUACCAUCGUCUUCCAAGGCGCUGGAGAGGCUUCUCUCGGCAUCGCGGAGCUGUGCGUGAUGGCGAUGAUGCAGGAAGGCACGCUAGAGAAGGACGCCCGCAACCGCAUCUGGAUGGUGGACUCGAAGGGCCUGAUCGUCAAGAACCGGCCCGAGGGAGGCCUGAACGAGCACAAGGAGAAGUUCGCUCGCGACAACCCGCCCAUACGCACGCUGGAAGAGGUCGUCACUCAUGCGAAGCCUUCUGUUCUUAUUGGCGCGGCGGCGAUUGGCGGCGCGUUCACUCCAGAGAUCCUGCGCAAGAUGGGCGAGUACAACUCGCGGCCUGUCAUCUUCGCGCUAUCCAACCCCACCAGCAAAGCCGAGUGCACUGCUGAGGAGGCCUACUCUAACACCGAUGACCGCGCCGUGUUCGCGUCGGGCUCCCCGUUCCCGGACUACCGCACGAAGGACGGACGCACGCUGCGGCCAGGGCAGGGCAACAACGCGUACAUCUUCCCCGGACUAUCGCUCGGUAUCAUCUCCGCCGGGAUCAUCGACAUAUCGGAGGACUUCAUGCUGCUAGCUGCCGAGGCGCUAUCGGAGGUCGUGACCCAAGAAGACCUAGACCACGGCAGCCUGUACCCGCCGCUAACUAAAGUGCAACAUUGCUCCGUCAAGAUUGCCGUCAAAAUCGUCGAACACGCCUACAAGACUGGCAAGGCGUCAGUGUUCCCGCAGCCGCCGGACACGGAGGCGUUCGUGCGCGCGCAGAUGUACGACGUGCGCUACAGCGCGGCCACGCCGCCCGUGUACGAGUGGCCCGAGGCCGCGCCCGCGCCGCGCGUCGACGUCAUGUAGCCGCCGCGCGACGCUUGUGAUAGCUGCUCGCGAAUAGCGCUCGGAAACUAACCGCGCUACAACUUUCUACGAUACAAGGUCUUGUCUAUAGCGGUUUAAAACCCUUUCUUAGUUAUUUAUUCAAACAUAGAGGAAUAAUUAUCAUACAAUGUUAUCGAUGGAAGAAAUUCAACUAAUUUUGCUAUCUAUCAUGUCCAGCGCUUGCAGCAGUCAGCCAAACGUAAGUUAAUGCUUAUUAUGUAGGAAAUUUUAUUUUAAGACGACUAUUUUGAUACAGACCAAGGGACCGUUUUGAUAAUUUUAAUGUUUAUUUUUUGUUAUUUCGUAUAGUUUAUUUUCAAGUAGAUUUGUUAACAAAGGUUGCUUUCUUUUGUAGCCUUCUGCCAAAAUGUAUACUGAAGUUUAUCAUUCCAUGUGACUGUAAAUGUGUGAAUAAUAAAUAAAUGUAAAUUAUUUGAAAUUAAUAAAAUGUAUUGUACUUAAAAUUGGUAUAAAAUUAUUUAUUGCUUGUUAAAUUAAGCUCGAAUGUAAUUUGGUUACGUGUGAAAGGGUUCUGCGUCAUAAAUGAUGGUUAAUGUAAAUCUACUAUAUUCACUGCGCCAUCCAUAACUCUGGUGGAGUGGACGUCAGUCGUCAUGCCAUUUUGUCAUUAUUAUAAUACAGCCGAUGCAGUUUUCUCAAAUCGUCAUUUAUAUUGAUGUAUAAGAAAUUUCAUACAUACUGUUUACCUGGUAUUUAUAUGUAAAUUUUGAAAUAAAUUCUUUUGAAAAAUG